GAAAGUUUUUGCAAACACAUCCAGGGUUGGAGGGUUUUUCUGUCUACAUGGCACAAACAAAAGAGCAGCUUCAGAUGUAGUUUGAGGAGCUUCUCUCAUCCAUGUGCCUGCUGCCUUGAACCUGCAGAUGAGAGGGGGGCACCAGCACCUCUGCUUUGUCUCAGUCUUCCUCUUCAAACACUGAGCAACACUCACAGCUUUCCCCUUGGAUUACUGCAUCUGAAAACAUCAAUGGAGGAUUGACAGAAGAAUCUGCAAAAAGGAUUAAUCCUUUCUCCUUUUUCUUUUUCUUUUUUCUUCUGAUUUUCUCUAAAAUCAGACAAAAUUUUUCUAAGUGGAAUGAUGUCUCAGCGCUGGAGCAGGAGGCUCUGGUUCCCAGUUGUGUUUGGUGCCACGCUGGUUCUUCUCACUGCUGUGGAUGCUGGACCAAACCAGGACAGAAGGCAGGCUCAAAAGUCUUCAUGCUUCGGAGGUUUUGAUCUCUACUUUGUUCUGGACAUAUCUGGAAGUGUGCAGAAUCACUGGAAUGAAAUCUACAGUUUUGUUGAACACCUGGCACAUAAAUUCAUAAGCCCACAGUUGCGGAUGUCCUUCAUUGUGUUCUCCAACGAGGGACGGAUCUUGAUGAGGCUGACAGAAGACAGGGAACGUAUCCGUAAAGGUCUGGAGGAGCUCCAGGCAGUUCUACCAGGAGGAGACACUUAUAUGCAUGAGGGGAUCCAGCGGGCCAGUGAGCAGAUUUACCAUGGAAACACAGAAGGUUACCGCACCGCCAGCGUCAUCAUAGCUCUGACUGACGGAGAGCUGCUCGAGGACUUUUUCUUCUAUGCAGAGAGGGAGGCAAACCGCUCCAGAAGUCUGGGUGCCACAGUUUACUGCGUUGGAGUCAAGGACUUCAAUGAAACACAGUUGGCGAAGAUUGCUGACAGUAAAGACCACGUCUUUCCUGUAAAUGGUGGAUUUGAGGCUUUGCAAGGAGUCAUAGAUUCGAUUCUGAAGAGGUCCUGCAUCGAGAUUCUGGCAGCAGAGCCUUCCAGCAUAUGUGCAGGAGAGUCAUUCCAGGUUGUGGUAACAGGAAAUGGGUUCCUCCAUGCCAGAAACGUCGACAAAGUUUUGUGCAGCUUCCGGAUCAACGACACUGUGACCAAGAUGAUGAAGCCCCUGACUGUUGAGGACACAUAUCUCCUCUGCCCCGCCCCAGUCCUUCAGGAGGAGGGGAUGGCAGCGAAUCUGGAUGUCAGUAUGAACGAGGGCCUCAGUUUUAUCUCCAGCUCAGUCACCAUUACCACUGUGAAAUGUUCUGACGGGACCAUCCUGGCCAUAGCUCUGCUUAUCCUCAUGCUGCUCCUUGUUCUGGCUCUCCUCUGGUGGUUCUGGCCUCUCUGCUGCACCGUGAUCAUCCACGAACCGCCACCACCACCUAUGGAGGAAAGCUCGGACGAUGAGGACUUUGACACCCCAAAGAAAAAAUGGCCAACCGUAGAUGCCUCCUACUAUGGAGGAAGAGGAGUGGGGGGGAUCAAAAGGAUGGAGGUCCGCUGGGGAGAGAAAGGCUCCACGGAAGAAGGAGCGAAGCUGGAGAAAGCCAAGAAUGCCAAAGUGAAGAUGCCAGAGCAGGAGUACGAGCUGCCGGCCACUCGGGUUCUCAACAACGGCAUGCAGAAACCUCCGCCACCACACAAGUGGUACUCACCCAUUAAGAGCAAACUCGACGCCCUGUGGGUUCUGCUGAAAAAAGGCUACGACCGAGUGUCUGUAAUGAGACCCCAUCCAGGAGACAAGGGAAGAUGUAUGAACUUCACCCGCAUAAAAUCACAGCCUCCUCGCUACCCCAACUUUAACUACCACCCCUCACCCAUCUGCAGCCCCCCCAGCAGAAGUCCUCCUCCACCACAGGGCUCCCUGCCGCCGACUCCUGGCAGCCCUCAGACAUUUUCCUUUUCCCCGCUUCCAUCACCGCCUUCAACUCCCCCUCCCGUCUCCCCCACUCCCUCGCCACCCCUCACGCCGCCUCCCAAACGAGCUCUUCCUCCGACCGCCAUGUACAUACCCGCUCCGCCAGCGUCCCCACCCACCCCUCCGCCCUGUGCGCCUCCGGCUGGCCCGCUGCCUCCUCCUCCACAGGGACCUCCCCCCGGGCGAGCACCGCCACCCGCCCGUCCGCCGCCUCGUCCCGGCUUGUAGGUGCUGUGGCAUCACGCAACAGAGAGGCAAAACUGAAGAACAGCAGCGAUCAGUUCGCAGAAUGUUUCCUGUGCUUUGAAGCAAGGACAUGAGAGUCUUCUGCCUUGCGGAGAGAGGCCAGGAACACUUCUAUCCAGCUAUUUGUCUACACUGACUUUUGUACACAUCUAGCAGAACAGUGCAAUUACUCAGAUGCUUGAAUUACACUCUACAGUCCAUACAAAAUGAGUCCAUGCAGAGCGACUCCAGAACAUUUGUUCAGAUGAUGCUCAGAGGUGCCACAGAACACCUCAUAAGUUUGGAUGAAUCCUCAGGAGCCUCACGGACUAAAAUGCCUUCAGUGUCGGCCCUCGAUAAGAAGCUAACCUGUACUGGUCAUGACAUUAAAAUGCAUGCUCGUCAGUUGUAAUAUUUCUGAUUAGAGAUGAAACUCAGGCUUCAAAUGUUUUUCCUUUUUUUUUUUUUUUUUUUUUUGGUUUCCAGCAGAUUUACAGGAAUCUGAAACUCCUUGACAUUUGUUUUAGGUUUCAGCCACUGCAUGCAAAGAAAGCUCCUGAGAAGGUUGUGGUUUUACUUUUUAUAAGAUUUUCAUUACUUUUUUUUUAUUUUUUAUAAUGUAUAUCUAAAGAAUUUUCUUUUUUUUAAUAGAAAAACUAAACAAAGAAGAAACAGACGAUGGUUUGCAAAUCAUUUUACCUUUGUACCCAGUUGAAAGUAGCACAAGGACAAAUACAUAAUGCAAAACUACAUUCUUGUACAUUUACCACUAGGUUUCACUAUCAAGGUUUGGAAGCUUAAGACAACAGCUGUUGUAAUAAAAAAAAUGGAAUAUUUGCUUGAUAUAGAAAUGCUUCAGCAGAUCUAUUUAUUUUUUUGUAUGUUUUUCUAUUCAAAAUAUGUCGCAUAUUGAGUCUUGUCUUCUCCCUUAAUACCUUAAAUCAAUCCAUCUAUUGUCUCUUCAGCAAUAUUUCAUGAUCAGACCAGAAUGUGUGCAAUCCUGAUGAACUCUCCAACUCUUCUAUUUUCUUUUUUUAGCAGCAACAGCAACAUAGAAAGCUGAUAUUGUCUCUAGGACCUCACAGUCGAGAGGGACUGAGUGCAUUGAAGGACAGAAGACCUCAAUUACUCCCUGUGAAAGCAUAUGCAGGGCAUGGCUAACACGUUCCAGAUGUCAAUAUGUUGCAUUAAUGUCGCAUGCUGGAAUGAAGUGAUCUACCCUGGAAAAUAUUAGACUCCAUUUAAUCCCCAGGAAAUGUGGACAAACUGCAGGGGGGAAAAAAGGGUAGGCUACUUGUCGUUUUGGGUUUGAAGCUGGGCUUUCUUCUGCUCAUCUCUAUGCAGCACUGCAUUUAUGUAGUAGCAAUUCAUACAACAGGAGCGCCAAACAGUUAUUGAGAGCACGUGCUGUGCAGUACAAUACAAUUGCUGUAGGCUGACAUUCCGUGUUAAAGUCAUAUGUAAUAUUCAGGCUGUAGCCUGAAUAAGUUAAGGUAAAUACGAUACAACACCACCUGUGUUCAUUUACUCGGUUAAUUGCUGUGCCGCUUUAUCCUCUGGCUGGUGAAGAGGGGCUGCUUCACACAAUGAGAUUUUUCCAUAAAAAAUUACCCGUUGUUGAACUGGGACCAUUUCUGCUUAGUCUGAUGGCUGACAUCUACAACUGCCCUGCGGCCGCAUGUGACACCAUUAUAAUACUGAGCAAGUACAGCGAAAUCUUCCUGAAAACCGUGCUUAUCGUCACCAACAGCUUGGCCUUUCACCUGAAAGUCAUGCUGAAGCUGAACGCAUUCCUCCGGCUGGCGCUGACCGGGGAGCUUCUACCUCCACGGUACCUGGACCGAAGCGGGCGCCCGAGAGAGUCCGCCCGGCUUUCCUCCAACACCAUCUGGAACAACAGCGCCUCUCUGGUCUGUGGCGAAGAAAGGAGACCUGUGCUGUGGUUCAAGUCGGUCCAUGCGGCGCUGCGUCUCCUGCCAACAAUCUACCGCCGUUCAUUGUGUGCUUCUGCGACCCUCCUGGGCUUCGUCCACAUGACACUGCCGGUCCCCUCAGCUGUGUUCAGAUCCCUCUGGCCCUUCGUGUCCACCGUUACAGCUUCUCGGACCUUUACGAGACCACUGGGAACAAUAGUUCUAACGCUUGGUGGCUGCAAUCUGUGGUCCAUCUGAGGUGAUUUGGGGUUCAUGUAGCUACUUGAAUUCUGUAUAUUUUGUCCAAAUAGCUAAGAAAGGGAACAAAUGUCAGCUUUUGACAUUUGUAAAAUCUCUUUGCUGUAUUUUGAGUGUUUUUAAUUGUAAUAAAUUAGAUCAGAAGCA